AUGAAGGGCUUCACAGAGUCUCAGACGCCGCAAGCUGCGCGUGUCCUGGUUGUAACCGACACACUGUCGCAGAUUCACAUAGUGAGAAUCUUCAAGCUAGCUUCCGCAGAAGACCGGAGAUUUGGUUUCCACGAAUCUGAAUUUGGCCUUGGGGAAAAAAGCAGACUGGGAGUUCGCGUGCAGCAGCGACCUUUCCGUCUCCGAAACGGCGAGGUGAGUGUCAAGGCUGUCGAGGCGACGCGCGGCGCGAAUCUAGCGCGAGCAAAGAGGAAAUACAAACAGAAGAAACGCAGAAAACGACUUGGACCGGCAGGCGACAGGGCCGGAGCUGUCGCCGCCAUUUCUGCAAAGACGCUCAAGGGCGAAGGUGAGAGGCGGGUUGCUCCCGCCUGGGUGCAUGGAAAUCUGCCAAGUGGGUCGAAGCUGCAGUUGUUUUCAAGCCAGAAAACCUCUCCAUAUUGA